AGCACAAUCCUGUGUGGUGUCCGCGUCCGUCUCUCCAGCCUUCCCACCUCCCAGCAGCCUCCCGGCAGCUUCCUGACUAUCCAGCCUGCACGAUUUCCCCCCCUUGUCCCCUCCAACAUGGCUACGGUGGUGACCUCGACCCGCUUCACGGAUGAAUACCAGCUCUACGAGGAACUCGGGAAGGGCGCCUUCUCCGUGGUAAGACGCUGCGUCAAAAAGUCCACAGGGCAGGAGUACGCAGCCAAAAUCAUCAACACCAAAAAGCUGUCGGCCAGAGAUCACCAAAAAUUGGAGCGGGAGGCAAGAAUCUGUCGCUUGCUCAAACAUCCGAACAUAGUUCGACUACAUGACAGCAUAUCAGAGGAGGGCUUCCAUUACCUUGUUUUUGAUCUGGUGACUGGCGGGGAGUUAUUUGAAGACAUCGUCGCCCGAGAGUAUUACAGCGAGGCGGACGCCAGCCACUGCAUCAAUCAAAUCUUGGAGAGUGUCAGCCACAUCCACCAGCACGACAUCGUGCAUCGAGACCUGAAGCCAGAGAAUCUACUCCUGGCCAGCAAGAUGAAGGGAGCGGCAGUCAAGCUGGCCGACUUUGGCCUGGCUAUCGAAGUGCAAGGGGACCAGCAGGCCUGGUUCGGCUUUGCGGGAACUCCAGGGUAUCUGUCUCCAGAGGUUCUUCGAAAGGACCCGUAUGGCAAACCGGUGGACAUAUGGGCAUGUGGUGUGAUCCUUUACAUCCUGCUGGUGGGCUACCCUCCUUUCUGGGACGAGGACCAGCACAAACUGUACCAGCAGAUCAAAGCUGGAGCGUACGACUUCCCAUCUCCAGAGUGGGACACGGUGACUCCUGAGGCCAAGAAUUUGAUAAAUCAGAUGUUAACCAUCAACCCCGCCAAAAGGAUCACUGCCGACCAGGCCCUCAAACAUCCUUGGGUCUGCCAACGUUCCACCGUGGCAUCCAUGAUGCACCGCCAAGAAACCGUGGAGUGUCUGCGCAAGUUCAACGCCAGAAGGAAACUGAAGGGCGCCAUCCUCACAACAAUGCUGGUGUCCAGGAACUUCUCUGUGGGACGGCAGCACACCAGUCCCGCUGCCACUACAAGCACUGCCGCCAUGGCGCAGGAAGCUUGCAAAACCUUACUGAACAAAAAGUCGGAUGGCGUGAAGAAAAGGAAGUCCAGCUCGAGUGUUUGUUUGAUGGAGACGCAGAACACUGUUGUGCACAACCCAACUGACGGUACCAAGGGUUCCACGGAGAGCUGCAACAACGCUGAAGAAGAUGAGAUGAAAGGCCGCAAACAAGAAAUCAUCAAGAUGACCGAGCAGCUGAUUGAAGCCAUCAAUAAUGGCGACUUUGAGGCAUACACAAGAAUCUGCGAUCCGGGCCUGACCUCAUUCGAGCCAGAAGCUCUGGGGAAUCUGGUGGAGGGCAUGGACUUCCACAAGUUCUACUUCGACAACUUGUUGAGUAAGAACAGCAAGCCAGUGCACACCACCAUCCUGAAUCCACACGUGCACCUGAUGGGUGACGACGCUGCGUGCAUCGCCUACAUCCGCCUCACGCAGUACAUGGACGCGCAGGGCCGUCCGCGCUCCUGCCAGUCGGAGGAGACCCGCGUGUGGCAGCGCCGCGACGCCAAGUGGCUCAACGUCCACUUCCACUGCUCGGGAGCUCCCGCCGCGCUGCUGCAGUGAACGCCACUCACGUUUGUCUUCAACUGUUGAAGCUAUUGGGUGGAGUAUGGACUCUCCUCCGUGCUUACAAGCAUCCUGGCCUGGAAAUAGAGGGUAACAACAUACAAGCUAAACGGGCACAAAUACAACCAGGACAAUUAUGUCCAAAAGAAAGAAGAAACAAAACAACAUGUUUUUAAACAAACAAACAUAAACAAUAAUUAGUUGGACUGAAGGAACAGGAGACCCGCCGACGGCCCAGUGCGGUUCCUCCAUGCGGUUGGUGCAUGUUUGUCGAGGGAGCACGGGUUCUGCGCUGCCAGCUCGCCCCUCUCCACGCCGCCCCGUCUUCUUGUCUGAUCACUCGCACGCGCGCACACACACACACGGAGAAUUCAUUAGCAGCAACAAGUUGAAUUUGGACUUUUUCUUUAGUCACAUACUUAAAGGGUCCUUUGUUUUUUAUGAUUAGGAUGAUUAUUUUCAACUCCUUUUAUUGUUUUUAUGUAUUUUAACACACAUUUCGGGAUUUUAUGUAUGAAUUGAUAUUUAUAUGCAAGACAUAUGUGUGUGCGUGUGUGGAAAGCUGUUGAAGCAUUUAUUCCAUUACUUGAGAUUCAGCGUGAGGUCAAUGUACUAGUACACUCUUUGUCUUUGCUACAUGUAGUAGAAAAAUUGGGAAAGCAGACAUUUUAUGCUAAACUUUCAAAAUUAGACAUGAACCCCCUCUCUACAUGCAAUUAGUAUAUUUUAACUUUUUUCAAAGUUCUGUCUCUCGCUCUCUGAUUUUAAACUUAAAAAUAUAAUCUAAUUAAACUAAAUUAAAAAAUUAAAAUUAAACUUAAUCUCUAAGGUUUGCAUCUAAAGUCAUUUGCACCUUUGUAUGUAGACCCAUUAAAUUGUUUUAUAUUUAUACUAGGGCUGUCAAACGAUUAAAAUUUUUUAAUUGAGUUAAUUACAGCUUAAAAAUUAAUUAAUCGUAAUUAAUCGCAAUUAAUCGCAAUUCAAACCAUCUAUAAAAUAUGCCAUAUUUUUCUGUAAAUUAUAUAUAUAUUCUGUAAAAUAAAUUGUUGGAAUGGAAAGAUAAUACACAAGAUGGAUGUAUACAUUCAACAUACGGUACAUAAGGACUGUAGUGGGCAUUUCACUCUACUGUCAUUUAAAUCUGUCUAUGCUGUCCUCACUCCGAAGCGUCUACUUUUUCCAAAGCUAGACAGCUAGUGAACGACGCCAUAAUAAUCAGACUUCUUCCUUUUUCAUCUGAUUUAUUAAUAAAAUGGCCUCAAACCAUUGUCCUCUUUAGACCAUCGUAAAACUACACAAAAAAAAGUACAACAGCAUUGCAUUAGCAACAACUUUAGCUUAGCACGCUACACAGGUUCACUAAACAUAAACAAAAAGUGUCUCAUACAAACAAUAUAACAUUUCGCUUAUUAACAUAAUAUGUACAUUAUUUACAACAACCAUACUUACGGACAAAUCUUGUCCAAGGAUCAUAUAAGCACAACAUUACAACGUAGGCGUCAGCCCGAGACGUCGUGCAGCCAUAUUGAACUGGCAAGACAACAAUAAACCAUAUCGCAAAGCGACCACAAGAGUUCGCUGUUAGACAGCACAAAAAGCCUUGCUGUAAAACUUACCAAAAGGCAGAAUACUGUCUGAGCGGGACAUGUGCGUUAAUUGCGUCAAAUAUUUUAACGUGAUUAAUUUAAAAAAUUAAUUACCGCGCGUUAACGCGAUAAUUUUGACAGCCCUAGUUUACAUAUUUAAAUGUUCAGAUUUUAAGAUUUGAAUGAGGCAAAAUAAGAUGCUUUUUCUCUCAAAUAUAUGAUACAUGUGUAUAUAAUAUACAUAUAUGGCAGAAAACACUCAGGUGACUUGAAGAGCCGCUCUGAGACCCCCAAUUUAGCCAACUUUCAAAAUUGUCCGAUAUGCACGUGUGAUACAUCAUUGGAGAGCUUAAAAUCUCAAUUUUCUGGGGGAAGAAAAAUUUUGAACAGGAGGGCAUUUAAAAAAUAAAAAUUUCAAACAGCAAAACACUAUCUGGAGGUGAGAGCACGCGAGAGCAGAAUUACAGACGCCAUGACUUUAACGAGAUAUCGCGUACUUACUUUGUUUCGAUCCAAAAACUCCAUGUCGCAUGUAUCACUGAGUGUCAAGACACAGAUGUGAAUGGCCACAGCUGGAUUUUGGGGGGAUUUUAUAUGUGAAACAUGGUCAUAUAACAAUGGUCGCGAUGCAGAAAUCACAGACAUCAAGGAGUGGUUGAGAUUUUCUUUUUCAAAUAUUUACCUUUGUAAACGUUUUUUUUCCCCAAUUUUUCUUUAUUUGGAUCGAUUAUUUAUCAUCUAACAUAUCGGAAAAAAUGUGACAGAAAAAACAAAAAACUUUAGAAUAUGAGAGUGAAUAAUUUUUCAGUCGUUUUUCAACGUCAAAGUCAAGUUUUUGUUUUUGUUUUUUUUUAACGAAAUAUUGGACAUCAGUCAAUGUUUUAAGCUAAAAAUGACAGGCAUUUUGAAUAAUAUAAUUACCUUCGUUUUAUGGCUGGGUUGAAACAGAAGCGGUUGCACGAGGUCUGUAAACGGGGGUUUUCAAGGUAAAACAGGCAAAUUAGAAAUAGUUCGGGGGCUUAAUGCGCCAUGAAUCUGCUAUGGCAACAUAGACAUAUUGUUCUAUCAAACACAACAGUUGUUUUGGCUUAAAAUACAGCAGUUUCUUUUAAAGAGGAGUGCAAGAGCAGAAAGUGCGUUUUUAGUCUCGUCUGUGUUUUCCGCCAUAUAUACUAUAUAUUUACAUAUGUCUAUAUAUGGCGGAAAACACUCAGGUGACUUGAAAUUCAACUCAGAGACCCCCAGUUUGGCCAAAUUUUAAAAUUGUCCUAUAUGCAUGUGUGAUACAGCGUUGAAAAGCUUAAAAUCUCAGCUUUCUCGGGGAAGAAACAUUUUGAUUGCAUUUAAAAAUAUAUAUACUUUAAACCCCUGAACCCUAACUCGAGGUGAAAGCAUGAGAGAGCAUAAUUACAGACACCAUGAUUUUAACGAGAUAUUAUCGCGUACUUCCCUUGUUUCGAUCCAAAAACUCUUUGUAACUUGUCUCACCGAGUGUCAAGACACAGCUGUGAAAGGGCACAACCGGACUUUUAGGGGAUUUUAUGGGUGAAACACGGUAAUAUAACAAGGGUCACAAUGCAGAAAUUGCAGACAUCAAGGAGUGGUGAAGAUGUUCUUUUUCAAACAUUUACCGUUUUAAACUUUUUCUUUUGUUUUUUUUUUCAAUUUUUCUUUGGAUCGAUUAUCUAAAAUAUCGGUGGAAAUGCGACAGUAACAAAAAAAAAAAUACAAUUAAGCGCUAGUUAUAAGGUAGAUAUCAGUGACCUGUUUACAGACACAAUUUUUUUCAUUGUGACGUAAUGUGUUUAAAAGUUUAAAAUAUUCGAGUGAAUAAUUUUAUACUUGUUUAUUUGUUUAACUGAAUAUUAAACACCAAUUAAUAAUUCUAAGCUAAAAAUUAUAGACAUUUCGAAUAAUAAAUAUUACUUACCUUCUUUUUAUGGCUGGGUUGAAAUAAAAGCAGUUGCGCGGAGUCUGUAAACGGGUGUCUCCAGGGUAAAACAGACAAAUUAAAAAUAGUUUGGGGGCUUAACGCGGCAUGAAACUGCUAUGGCAGCAUAUAGACCAAUUGCUCGAUCAAACACAACAGUUCUUUUGGCUUAAAAUACAGCAGUUGGUUUUAAAGAGGGGUGCAAGAGCAGAAACUGCUUUUUCAGCCUUGUCUGUGUUUUCUGCCAUAAAUAUAUAUAUAUAUAUAUAUAUAUAUAUAUAUAUAUAUAUAUAUACUGUAUAUAUAGUCUUUAAUUAAAAUCUUUUUAAGUAUCAAAAUAUAUUUAAAUUUCAGUAUUUACAUUUUAACGCUAACUUCAGAAAAUUUCACUCCAAGGAUUGGUUCUGAAAUGUGUUUGCCUUUGUAAGCACACCCAUCAUAAGCUUUUGCAGCAGUGGUAGUAUUAGCAGUAUAUUAUAUAUAUUAGUAUAUUGUAGUAUUAUUAGCAUAUCACUGCCGUCAAUGGCUAGCAGAUGUUUUACUGGUGAGGAAAAAGAGCAUACUAGUGCAUGGACAUAGACGGGUUUCCAUAUAUGCGCGUGUGUAAGCAUGAUUCCACGUCUCCUGGCCUAUACUGUUUCUCCGACUGUUGCUCCUCUUCCUCCCUGGUCUUAAUCGUGAUGAUGGUGAUGAUGUCGUCACCCCACGUCUCGUGUUUAUCGUCCAUCCGGGCUUGCCGUACUUGUGCGUUUUGCUUCAACGAGCAUGUUUGCGGACUGUCGGCUGAAACGCGAGGCAAAAAAAUAUAUAUAUUAAAAAAAAAAAAUACAUGGCAUGAUGGAAGGAAGGAGCUUUUCUUGCUGAAGGCAAUCAACCGGCAGGUCCUUUCUUUGUUGUAAAUGUUGUACUUGUUGUUUAGUGUUUACGAUGUUUUGAUUAAAGUCAGAACUGGGGAAAAAAAAGGGUUGAAAGUGCUGCAGCCCCUUUGCUACUGUCGCAAUCAUACCAGAGUCACAUGAGCACAUGCAAGCAAACGUCGUCCCUUUAAGAGAAAACAUAUCACAUUUUUUGCAACAUACAAUAUCAUGUUUCCAAAAUCCAUGUCAGCUCAACUCUAGGCCACCAAAAUGACAUACGGUGUAAUUAUUUUUUUUUACUCGUUUUUUGGGAUUUUUUUUUUUCAUAUUUUCUUUUUUCGACGCAGUUAUGUCACUAAAAUUGUAUUACUUUUUUUUUUUUUUUUAAUCUUUAAAU